CUAUUAUCGUAUACAACAAUAGCAGCUAGCUUUUGAAAAGUUAUUAAAUACCCAAGCUUCUAGCAAUAAUUUUUUUUUUUCAUGCAUACAAUUUGAGUCUCUCCCCUUCUCUCAUUUUCAUCACCUUCUUUUCCAUUGCUGUUUGCUUGCCUGUGUGUUUUUGUGGAGACAAUGUUUCCCAGUAGCUUGCUUUGUUCCAUGCGUCGACCAAACUUCUCAAGGAAGAAGAAAGGCAACCGGGAUAGCCUGGAAACUGAAGCCAAAGACCUUGACUUUUGGUAUUCCGUUACGUUUAACAGAGAUCCGUCUCAGAAUCAGUCGCCGUCAAGAUUCUGUUUAAGAUCUGAUAAUUCUCACGUUUCCAGACACGGAGCAACGGUGAAGGCAAAGAAGAAAGGAGAAAUGGCGAGCAAAGUAUCGAACUUUUCGGAUCUGAUACAACGAGUUGCAGCUUCUUGUUUGUUGCACCCGCUCGCCGCCGGUAGACGAGAGUACGGCGACGUAGACGACGUGACUCACGCCGUCAUUGAGGAGGACCCGGAUGAAGAAGAAUAUUACGAGUAUAAUAAUUCGAGUGAGGAUGAAGAGAAAGAAAAUGGAGUUAAAGACGUGGAAAAGUCGAGGAGAAUAGGGGGGUUUUGGAACAAUGGAGAGAAAAUGAAGGAAAUGGUGAUGUUAAUGGAGGAGGUUUUCGAUGCGGUGGCGGAAAUGAAGAAGGCUUACGUCAGGUUACAGGAGGCACAUUGUCCGUGGGACCCGGAGAGGAUGAGGGCGGCUGAUGUGGCGGUGGUGGGGGAGUUGAGGAGGCUUGGGGUAUUGAGGGAAAGGUUUAGACGAGGGACACAUGGUAGUGGUAGUGGUGCUGGGAAAAGACACGUGUCUAUGCUGAGGGAAGUGGUGGCGCCGUAUGAGGCGGCGAUGGAGGAGUUGAAGAAGGAAGUGAAGGUUAAGGCGGUGGAGAUUGAGAACUUGAAAGAGAAGCUGAAUACUGUUACUUGCCUUUCCAAUGGUGGAAAGAGAGGACGGGGUCUUUCCAGGAGGAAAGUCAGCUGCAGUCAAGUACUUACAGCUGCACCAGCACCAGAGCUGUUUGAGGCCACAAUGAGUCAGGUGAAGGAGGCAUCAAAGUCCUUCACAUGUCUCCUCCUUUCCCUCAUGCGUGAGGCUCGCUGGGAUAUCGCCGCCGCAGUCCGAUCUAUUGAAGCCGCCACCGCCACUCCUGAUAACUCAACCUAUACCACCAUGAUCACUCCCUCUGUCAUCGCAAAUCACCAUGCCAAGUAUGCGCUUGAGUCAUAUGUUUCACGCAAAAUUUUUCAAGGCUUCGACCACGAGACAUUCUACAUGGAUGGUAGCCUCUCUUCCCUGCUUAAUCCGGAUCAGUACCGUCGGGAGUGCUUCACUCAAUACCGUGACAUGAAGGCAAUGGACCCGGUUGAACUUCUUGGAAUCUUGCCUACUUGCCAUUUUGGCAAGUUCUGCUCCAAGAAGUACCUUGCCAUUGUUCAUCCUAAGAUGGAAGAAUCCUUGUUAGGAGACCUGGAGCAGCGCAGCCAAGUAAUGGCUGGAAAUCAUCCUAGGAGUCAGUUUUAUGGGGAGUUCUUGGGGCUGGCCAAGGCAAUUUGGUUGCUUCAUUUGCUCGCAUUCUCGCUUGACCCAUCACCAAGUCAGUUUGAGGCGAGUAGGGGAGCAGAGUUUCAUCCACAUUAUAUGGAAAGCGUGGUCAAAAUUGCAGGUGGGCGGGUGCCUGCAGGUCAGAUCGUGGGAUUCCCAGUUAGCCCUGGGUUCAAGCUAGGAAAUGGAUCUGUUGUCAAGGCAAGGGUUUACCUUGUGGCUAGGACUUGAAGUAAUUAUGGUCAGACUUCUUGUAUCUGCUUGGACAGGUUUUAGGAUUUACACUUGUUGCUAUUCGGUUUACCUUGCUGUUGCUGUUUAUGGACAACACUUGGGAGGAACUUCUGGAAUAUUAUUAUUAGACUACUGAUGUUAGGAUUAUUAGAUCAUUACUCUUGAGCUGCAUGUUACCUGAGCAUUUGCUCUUUAAGAGUUUGGAUUGAACUUCAUAGA